GCCAUCCGAGGUCGUACGUAGCAAAUCAAGGAGUCACUGUGUGUCAAGUCUAUCUGUACGUGUCUCACCAUCAAAUUUUCUUCAUUGUGUGGCCCACGCAAUGAGGCCACUGGUGAUUUUGUGUACAGUCCUAUUAAAUGGCGUCUUCGCUCUUGAAAAUGGUCUCGCCCGAACACCUCCAAUGGGUUGGAUGAGUUGGGAAAGAUUUCGUUGCCAGACAGACUGUGUGCAGUAUCCCGAAGAUUGUAUCAGUGAGAAAUUGAUUAGGCGCACUGUGGACCGUAUGAUAUCAGACGGUUGGAAAGAUGUGGGGUACGAGUACGUCAUAACUGAUGACUGCUGGCCAGAAAAAGAGCGAGAUCGGAACACCCAGGAAAUCGUGGCCGAUCAGACAAGAUUUCCUAGUGGUAUUGAGGGCCUUGGAGAAUAUAUUCAUGGUCAUGGUCUAAAGUUCGGUAUUUAUUUGGACUACGGAACAAUGACGUGUGCUGGCUAUCCGGGCAGCAUGGACUUUCUGGAAAUUGACACCAAAAGCCUGGCAAAAUGGAAAGUAGACUACGUCAAGGUUGAUGGAUGCUACAGCCCAUUGGACGAAAUGCCCGAAGGUUAUGAGAAGUUCGGCGAACUACUCAAUCAAACUGGUCGUCCAAUCGUAUACAGCUGUAGCUACCCGGCCUACAUACCGUGGAGAUCGAACCCAAAAAUGUUGGACUGGCAGCGUCUCAAAACCAAUUGCAACCUGUGGCGAAUGUUCGGUGAUAUUGAUGAUUCGUGGGACAGCGUCCUAACAAUUAUUAAUUUAAUGCGCGACACACAGUCUACCUUACAACCAAUUGCCGGUCCAGGGCAUUGGAACGAUCCAGAUAUGCUAGUAAUUGGAGACUUCGGAUUGUCCUUGGACCAAGAGCGCGUUCAAAUGGGAAUGUGGUGUCUUUUUGCAGCUCCAUUGCUUAUUUCUGCUGAUAUGGACCACAUGAAUCCUGAGAGUGCAGCAAUACUGAAGAAUCCGCAUCUGAUAUCAAUUAAUCAGGAUUCUGGUGGACAUCAAGCCAAAUACAUCACGACCAAAAACGGUGUACAGUUAUGGACAAGACUAUUGGCUGAUCAGCCUAAUACCUGGGCGAUUGCGUUCAUGAAUCCCAUCAGCGGUGGUGGUCCAAAGGCAAUUUCGGUUUCCCUGAAGGAGAUGCAGCUUGAAUCACCACCUCCUGAGCCCGUAUUCUUCGAUCUAAUCGACGUAUUUGAUGGCGAAGUGUUUACAUCCGUACAGCUAAAUGAGAAAUUUACAGUGCGUGUUAAUCCCACGGGAAUUGUUAUGUUCAAGGUGGAAGUGCACAAGCCCGCAUACAUUGCUCACAUACUUCUGCAUUACUUGGGCCUGAGAAAUGUUUCAGUGAGUAUCAUAUGAUUGUACACACUGACUAUGACUAACUAUACUUUCAGUCCCAUUCUUGUUCACACCGGUCUCGAACCUACUCAUUCCUAAAAUCUUUAGCCUGAAAGUGCAACUGCGACUUCGUUCAAAUUGACUUGUAAUUCCCUCCAAAACGUCUAAUUUAUUUCACUCUGUCACACAGUGUCCUAUUUGGGUUGUUUUUCUUCCUUUUGUCUCUGUAAGGAAGUAAUACAUCUCUCCAGUGAUACUGUGUGUACGCGACCGGCACGUUCGCCCAUGAUUAUCUCAUAAAUGGUUUGCUAUCAAAGUUACCAGGAAGACACAAUUCAUCACCGUUAUCAUCAAUUCAUCAAUUGUUAUCAGUUCAUCAUGACCGUUAUUUUCCGUACAGCUAAGUUCCAUACUGUGGAUUUGUUAGUCCAUGCUGAGAGUAACAAAAUUUCAGAAAGACUGUGAAGUAACUUACUUUUUAUCAUAUGAUCAAAUUGAGAAUAGGUUUGCUGGAGUAACGUUUAUGAUCAUGCUCAUAUAUUUUUUCGAGUAGAAUAUUUGAAGCGGCCCUGUGGCUUUGAGUUUUGACCGAUUCAGUUGCACACGCACCCACAAAAAUGUGUGCCAAGCCCUGUUUUCGGAAAAGGCUGGGAAAAAAUCGGUAGAUGGGCAACGUUUCACUUUUGAUACAAAAGCUUUGUCAGGCG